GCAUCAUCAUUAUUGGUACCGGCAGCUCACUUCCGUUGUAGCUUUUUUUAUUUGCAUCCUUUUAUUUUUGAUGUAAGUAACUUUUUUUUCCAUCGCCACUUCUUUUUUUUUUUUUGCGUCGUUAACUUCUGUUUUGGCUUUUUUAUCUGCACCGUUUCUUUUUAUUUGUAUCAGUAACUUCCGUUGUGACUUCUUUUUUAAUGCAUUCUUUCUUUUUUAUUUGCAGCAGUGGCAGUUCUCUGUCACCGUAAGUUUCACAUCAUUUUACACGUUUAUCAAGCACUAGAUGCCAGAAUAAAGCCGUUGGUUAUUUACAGUUCAGUCACUCUUUUGCUUUAAGAUGCUCAAGUCUGACCCCCUCCGGCCGCAUGAGGAACUGCAGAGCAGCACCGUCACAAGGAUACCGGCGCACCUUCAUCCAUCUUCAUCUUCCUCCUCGGUCCAGUUCGUUUACCAACACACCGACCACACGCAACGUUGACGGCUUACCAUUGUCGAAAUGUCGUCUAACGGUAAGCACACAGUACUAAAUCCUUGAGUCCUCUAGAAACGUGUAUAAGUUUAAUAACGUUUACAGCCACAGUUGUUGUGUUGACAGAGUAUACCGUCGACAGUGAGAAACGUUGCCGGUUACUAGCUUGACAUAAGGCGCUAGUUAGCUGUUCAACGCUCACGUCGGUUUAUAUAGAGUAUUAACCAACUGCUUUAAAACGUGCCUGUCUAAUUUACUUAUAUGUCGUGUGUUUGCACCGACUUGUGUAAAAUACAGAGGGACCUCCCUCCUGUGAACGCUAACACGGUCAUGUAUUAUAAUGUUAGCAUACACCUGCUAUCGUUGUCCUCCGUUAACCGGUGAGUGAUUUGGCUGGACAUGCGAUCUGCGAGGAGGGUCUCUACUGUGCCACUGACCCACUUUGUGAAGGCGGACCCGUCCCUCUGCUCACGUACUCACCAUAGACAUAAAAUAUUGGUUUGCAGGUGUUAUAAGAGACAUUAAACGUGUUUUAUACCGAUCAAAACAUAGUAACAGUGUCUCCUGUCGCUGCUGGUUAACAUGCCUCAAUAGAAGUUUGUGGUGUAUUUUUUAAUAACAGCAACAGUCCAUGCUUACCUUUUUGAUUGUGUAUUUUCUUCUGUCUUUAAUAAGAAUCGUUUAGUUUCAUUUAGCCCUCCAGUCCAAACAAUGGGAUAAAUGUUAACAUUCAGUUUCUUUUAUUCCAUAGACUACUCCCAAACAUCUGCUCAAGGGUAAGUGUUUAACACAUUAAUAGAUACAUAUAAAUACCUAACCAAUGCAAUUUCACACAACACUUUUUGUUGACAUGAUCAAACAGACGAUUACUGUAUGUUAAAUCUAUUAUUGAGGAUAUAUAAGGUAGUAAUCAAGUGUUUUAUAAGGCAAGGCACAUUUUGGCAAUAAGGUCAAAGUACUUAACACAGACAUAAAACACAUUGGAGAAAUCAGAAAACGUUGAGAUAAAAAUUUUUUAAAAACUAUUAAAAGUGGACAAAACUUUAAUUUUCCUAUUAAUGCAUGCUAUUCUCUAACCAAUGAUUUUUGAAACUUAUUUUAAAUAAAUAAUUCCUAUAUUUCUGAAUGGUGUUGUCUUAAUCAAAAGAAAUUCCGCACAUAAUUCACCUCAGAGCGUCUCACCAAGGAUUAAAACUCACAGAUUUGUCUUAUUCUGCGAUGAGUUACAGCCUUCAUGCUGAGCUCUUUAAAAAAGUUAUCCUCAUUUUCCUGCAUUAACUUUUUUAAAGAGCUGGUCCAGGUUUUAUCUGAACUUUGAUAUUCUCUUAUUUACACGCAGCUAUGGGUCCUACGGUGGAGGUGGUGGAGGCGGUGGAGGCAGUGGAGGUGGUGGCAGUAACCAAGGCUAUGGUCAGUCCUCUGGCCAGAGCUACAGCCAGCAGGGCUAUGGAGGCUACAACCAGAGUUGUGACAGCGACUCUGGCUCCUAUAACCAAGGAGGAUAUGGCAGCUAUAGUCAAUCCCAGUCAGGUAGAGAGAAAGACUUCUUCAAAACCUCACAGGGUUCCAGUCACACAUGUUGAUGUUACUGUCAGUCUUAACCAUGUUUUGUCUCCUCCAUUCCCCCCUAGGUGGAUAUGGCUCUCCAUCUUCCAAUCAGGGAGGCGGCGGCGGUGGUGGUGGUGGUGGUUUUAACCAUUCUGGUCAGUCUUAUGGUUCUGGAGGCUACAGCAGCAACCAGUCCUCUAACAUGAGCUACAACCAGCAGUCAUCCUUCUCUGGGUACAACCAGCAGCAGUCUCCUCCAUCAUCCUCUGGAAGGUGAGGCAGCAGGACCUUCUACUUCUGAAGUUUAAAUUUACAGAUUCAUCACAUAUUUGGACAGGACUUGUUGGCCAUCAAAUACUUGUAUUUUACUGUCUCAUUGUGCCUCUAUUUGAGAAAUGUACUCAAUUAAGUGCAACGCUAAAAUGGUAAACUGGAAAACAACAUGUACUGUAAAAUAGGGCUGCCUCGAUACGAAAUUGAUUUUGGAUAUCGUUCCGAUAUCAGCCAAACAACAAAUAUCAGAUUAUAUCGGCCUGCAUCUAAAAUCUCUGAUAUCAGCACUUCGAUACAAGCAGUCCAUUCCAGACUCCACUCCAGCACCUCGAGCUAGCAGCACCCGGAUCCAGCAGGCACAGCCCACAUGAUCACAACAACAGUGUGUACUAAGGUACUAAAAAGUAGCAAGGAGUAGGAGUGAUGUCGGCCCUGUGGCAGUGUUUUUCGUCAACGUCCGAAAAAGACUUUGCAGCUGAUUCCAAAACUCUUCAUGUGCAAGUUUGUGCCAAUAUUGGAUCAAUAUCUGUAUCGGCCAAUACUGAAGGCUACAAAAUCAGUAUCAUAUCGGAAGUAAAAAAGUUGUAUCGGGACACCCCUACUCUAGAACACACCCUUCUGCAGAGUUUACUGACUGCGCUCACAGUAAGUUGUUUGAGAGGACUGAUGAUUAUUAAAGGGAAUAAUGUCUUUCACUUUGAACAGCUAUGACAGCAGCCCACAGGCUCCCAGCAGCUACAACCAGCCACCAAGCGGUGGACAGAGUGGAGGUAGUUAUGGCGGCAGUGGAGGUCAAGCUGGGGGCUAUGGGGGCAGUGGGAGCCACCCACAACCACCCCAACAUGGAGGGGGACACUACAACCAACCAUCAGGCCAUUAUUCCCCCCCUCCACAGAGCUACAGUCAGCAGAGUCAGUUUGGUCAAGGUGGAGGUGAGGGACAAAUUGUAUGUUGUGUAUUUAUCCCGAUGAGGAAUUAUUAUAAAGUUUUUGAUUUUCGAAUACAACAUCGUCACUCACUGGAAAAUCUGUUGACAUCUGAUUGACUCAACCCUCUCAGGUUAUGGUGAUGAAAGCCCUCCCAUGAGUGGAGGAGGGGGUGGAGGGUACGGUAGCCCCGAUGGUGGCUACGGAGGUCAGGACACCCGUGGUGGCAGGGGCCGUGGCGGUGGAUUCGGUGGUCGUGGUGGUGGAGGAUACGAUCGCGGUUUUGACAGAGGUGGACGAGGUGGACCAAGAGGUCGAGGAGGAAUGGGGUAAGUGUCAGCGGCUAUACCUCUUCCAGAUUUGUGAAAAGACACUGAAUUAAAACACGCUGCUGCACACUGACUGGAACUUAGCCAUGGAUGAGGCAAGGAAAAUGAAACAGGAGAGAGAGCUCUGGUCAGCAUUUGUGAAUACGUGAAAGAGUUAUUGAGUGACGCAUUUUGAUGUGUCAACACUUGCUUUUGAGGAAAAUGAAUUUUGAGAAUUUUCACAAAGCAACUGAAAGGCUUUGAGUGCAGUGAUGGCUGCACAAAGCGUCAUGGGUUUUUGUUUACUGGGUUGAAAACAAGCUAAAACACAUGAGAAGGUUAUCUUUAUUUCCCGGCACCUAUGAGAUACAGUUAAAAUCGAGAGCUACAGCAUAAUUUAGUCGUGUAAAAGCAGUCCUGAUCAGUUAUUUAAUAAUGCCACUGUAGCUAUCACCAAUAUCAUUACACUCUACUUUGUCAUUUGACAUUAUGAACAAGACAAAUGCAUGGAUAGGUGUGUGGAUUUACAUAUUUAACACCACUACUUUGAGAUUUUUGUAAAACUUCUUUUUUUGGGCUGUUUAAACAAUCAACCACAGACAUGUCUGCAAACAAGCAAAUGUGUAAUGGGAACUGUUGUCAAAUCCUGAAACAGGAGUUAAUUUAUAGAAACAUGUGAUCAGUCAGCCCACCUUUUAAAGCUACGGUAAACCCAUUAGUGCCUGAAGAGUUGGCACGAAUAACACAACGUUGCUAAAACUGUUCCCAGUAACAUAAAUGUUGCGGAAUAUUGUCAGGAUGCACAAUAGCAUCAUUUUAUCAAAACAACAGCAGGAAAAAUCGAGUGUUAACUCACUACAGGAUGGACUGGAUGGUCCAUUAAAGUCUAUCUGGUGUAAUUAAAUAAAAAAAAUGUAGGUGCAUUUAUGUCACUGUUAACUAAAACAAGUUAGCAAAUCUUUUUAUUUGGGUUAGCAUCGGUUGAAUCACUGGAACCUUUUGUGUGGUGACAGUCCUUUGUAAAAAAAAAAAAAAAAAGAGAAAUUAUGCCUGUUGUCGGGAAAAACAGAAAAUGACUGAAGCUCAAUUAGGGACACCACCAGUGUAAAAACAGAGUUGUAUAGCAGGACAUGACAGUAGUAUGUCAAACUCUGACCUGGGCUUUGGUGUUCACAGUCGACAGCAUGUCAGGUAGGGUUUGGAGUCAUGUGUAAAGGUACCUCUUUCUGACACUACAUCACCAACAGCAAGUCCACAUUAUGAUACAUCAUGAUUAAAACACUGACAGGUACAGGUGUACAGCUGCAAUGAACACCCUAAUGACUAAUUUGGAGCUGAAAAUGAUUCUCCAAUAAUAGUGCAUAUACAAGAACCAGGUGAAACCUGUUGGGUCGAAUGGUCAGUGGGUUCAACUUACAAAAUAAAUGUUUUGCAUUGAAACAUGAUCCUUCCUCGGUAUCACAAUCUCAAGAGUCUUUGUUUCUACAUGAGACAGAAAUAAAACCGUGGGAUGGCAUGAGGAAGGUGCUAAAGUUUAAUCAAAGAAGUUCAUUAUAUGAGUUUUUUUGAAACGUCAGAACAGUGCCUCAUUGAAAAAUUGAAAAAAAGAGCCGACACACGACAUUAAAGCUGAAAUGCAACAUACAACCACUGCACAAUGGUGGAGAUUCACGUGGUUUGAGGGUGUAAGGUGCAUGGUGGUGGUGUUGCAGAUCCAGGGAAAAGUACACACAGGUUGACUACAGGUUGAGACUCAAGCCCUUUGCACAAAAGGGAAACCCCUUUGAAUUAAGCAAAAGCUGCAUUUCUGCUCAAACUCAGAAAAAAAAAACAAUACAAAAAAACUGGAUCAACAACAACAACAAAAAAAUCCAAUAUCAUGAUAUAAAAAAAGAUGUCAAUAUCGUCAGACAAAAAAGAACAGAGACCUAACACAAUUCAAAAACUUGAAAGAACAUCGUCAACAUGUUGGUACAGCUAUGACGCAGGAGCUGGUAUGGUAAGUUGAUUCUUUUUUUACUCACAGGUUGCCCAAUGUCUCAUUUACUUCCUUGUAACCUCAUAAUGUUGAAGAUGAACUCAUAGCUGAAACAGUUUGUCAUUUCAUUCAAUGUUCCUUCAUUUAUCAUUGACUGUAUUCUGAUCUUUUUCCCCUCUUUUACAAUAUUCAGAAAUUAACACCCAAUACAUCUGCUUAAUGUCCUUUUAAAUAGUACAGAUAGUACAGAGCAAAGUUUAUCCAUUUAUCUCCAAAACAUCAUUAAAGGAGACCUAUUGUGAUUACGCACAUCUUGGUGCAUAUUUGUAAUGUCAAGUCACUCAGCAUUAGACAUACAUGUGGCAUCGUAAAUCCAUGCUGUGUUUUCUAUCUGCUUUAAGAGCUCAUUUCAAGACAUGGCCUCAACCUGAUGUCAGGUUGUGCCAUCCUUUAAGGAAAAGGUUAAAAGACAAGACCACCUAGAGGGUCUAUUUAGGACGGUCCAUCUGAAGUUUGUUAAAGGUCCCCCCGCUCUGCUUCGGUUUUUGUUGAUUUGUCUGAGGAAGUUGUCAUUCAGUAUAAUCUAAGGACAGUUAGAUUUUUUCUUUUUGCCCCAAAAAAUAAAGACACCAGAAAACAGUGGGAAGUUUUUAUGAUAUUGAUGGAAAAGCAGCCAAAUACACCGUAGCUUUUCAAGCAGUGGCUGAAUAUUGCAGAAAUGACAGUUUGCGGUUUAUGUGUAAGAUGAAUAAGACUUUUUGGAUGCAAAGCUACAGUAUAAGUAUAAUAGGUCUCCUUUAACAAUGACGCGUUUAAAUCAUUGUUAAUUGGAAUGCUUGAAUAGUUUUGGAGGAGUGGUGACUCAAAAUUUGAAAACCAAAGAACAAACGUGUAGCUAUUCUACAUGGAAUGGCUUGAUGGAAGAAAAUAUGUAGUUCACUUUAAAGAAAAAGACACAUUUACCCAAGACACAAAAUAUGACUCAGUACAUGAAGGGAUCUAAUGGUAUCAAAAUCUCUCCAGUAUGGUAUCGAUUGUGGAAUUGAAAAAGAGAAAAGAGACUUGUGAAAAUUGGAAAAAACUGCCUUCUGUAUAGUUCAAAGUAGUUUAUCAAGUCCACCAGCCCAUGGUGAGUAGGAUGCACUCUGCUUGCUUGAGGUAGGUCUAGCCUUUGUCUCUUAGUAGAGAGCUACAGAUAGUGUUGAACCAAAGUGUGGCAGUAAUGGGAAUUUGUACUUUGGCUCCAGUGUGUUUACUAAAGAACAUGUCUGUAGGUCUCUGUCUCUGGCUGUAGAUCUAAUCAUCCCCUGAGCUUUCACACUGCUAUGAGGAAGUGAGACUGUGAACUCUUUUAACCUGACUGGAUCUUUUUUCUUGUAUUGUCAAAACUUUUCAGAGUGACAGUUCGGAAAGUUCCCUCUCAUAUUAUUUAAAUUCCCAGACAUGUUGUUCACAGCAGUUUGGCAGUGUCUUCUUAAUGUUUUACAUUUGUCUGUCACUCUUUCUCAUUUCUCCGCACGUCACAUUCAAAAGCUGCUGGAGAAUCAAAUUACAAGUUGCCUCUCGAUUCUUUGUUUCCACUCUUAGUAGUUUUAGGUGAGGCAGCGAGUGGAGCACAGAGGACAUUGGCAUCUGUAAUUCCCAUUACGCUUCACUUUGCUCCGCUGAAACAAAGCUGUUUUAUACCGUCACUGGUCCACCAUUAUAUGAGGAUGCUUUAGUCCCCACAGAACUACAAAACUGAUGGUACCGUUACAUCCCUAAUUACACCCACGAAUUACUCUAGAUUUAAGAUGUUAACCUUAAUAUUUGAUGUAUGUUUUGCCUUAUUACACCAUAUAUGUAGUCCGAACUGUGUCAUUUGUCAGCAGUAAGUUGCCAAAGUGGCAACUUGAGUCAGCCCCACAGAUUUGUGUUCAGACCUAAAGCAAAGGGAAAUUUUGCCCUAAUUUCCCUGCAUGAAAAUGACCAUGCAACCAUCCACAAUCAUUUAUACACUCACCGGCCACUUUAUUAGGUACACCAUGCUAGUAACGGGUUGGACCCCCUUUUGCCUUCAGAACUGCCUCAAUUCUUCGUGGCAUAGAUUCAACAAGGUGCUGGAAGCAUUCCUCAGAGAGCUUGGUCCAUAUUGACAUGAUGGCAUCACACAGUUGCCGCAGAUUUGUCGGCUGCACAUCCAUGAUGCGAAUCUCCCGUUCCACCACAUCCCAAAGAUGCUCUAUUGGAUUGAGAUCUGGUGACUGUGGAGGCCAUUUGAGUACAGUGAACUCAUUGUCAUGUUCAAGAAACCAGUCUGAGAUGAUUCCAGCUUUAUGACAUGGCGCAUUAUCCUGCUGAAAGUAGCCAUCAGAAGUUGGGUACAUUGUGGUCAUAAAGGGAUGGACAUGGUCAGCAACAAUACUCAGGUAGGCUGUGGCGUUGCAACGAUGCUCAAUUGGUACCAAGGGGCCCAAAGAGUGCCAAGAAAAUAUUCCCCACACCAUGACACCACCACCACCAGCCUGAACCGUUGAUACAAGGCAGGAUGGAUCCAUGCUUUCAUGUUGUUGACGCCAAAUUCUGACCCUACCAUCCGAAUGUCGCAGCAGAUAUUGAGACUCAUCAGACCAGGCAACGUUUUUCCAAUCUUCUAUUGUCCAAUUUCGAUGAGCUUGUGCAAAUUGUAGCCUCAGUUUCCUGUUCUUAGCUGAAAGGAGUGGCACCCGGUGUGGUCUUCUGCUGCUGUAGCCCAUCUGCCUCAAAGUUCGACGUACUGUGCAUUCAGAGAUGCUCUUCUGCCUACCUUGGUUGUAACGGGUGGUUAUUUGAGUCACUGUUGCCUUUCUAUCAGCUCGAACCAGUCUGGCCAUUCUCCUCUGACCUCUGGCAUCAACAAGGCAUUUCCGCCCACAGAACUGCCGCUCACUGGAUAUUUUUACUUUUUCGGACCAUUCUCUGUAAACCCUAGAGAUGGUUGUGCGUGAAAAUCCCAGUAGAUCAGCAGUUUCUGAAAUACUCAGACCAGCCCUUAUGGCACCAACAACCAUGCCACGUUCAAAGUCACUCAAAUCACCUUUCUUCCCCAUACUGAUGCUCGGUUUGAACUGCAGGAGAUUGUCUUGACCAUGUCUACAUGCCUAAAUGCACUAAGUUGCCGCCAUGUGAUUGGCUGAUUAGAAAUUAAGUGUUAACGAGCAGUUGGACAGGUGUACCUAAUAAAGUGGCCGGUGAGUGUAUAUGUUCAGCAAAACCUGCAAAGUUUUUGUUGUCCAACACAGACAGUAUAUUAGAAUUUUUAAAGCAAUCAUGGCUGGGUUCAUGACCUUACCAGAGUUGCAUCAUACUCGGAGACAUAAUUAUGUUUUUCUCAGAGACCCUCCUUACUUCAUGGGGCUAUUUGAGUUUCACCAGUGUCCAGUUCGAUGACCUGUAAGCAAGGAUUUGAGUCACAGGAUACCCCAGAUGGAUGCAAAUUAGUGCUAUUUAUUUAAGAUGGAGAGCUCAACUUUCACUUUAUCUUAAAUAUACAAGCGCUGAUGGGAUUUUAUUGCUCAAAAGGACCGUAGAAGGUUGCAAAAGAACAUCAUGAUGGACAUUUGUAAAAAGUAUUGAUUGAUUAGUUGAUGAUGCUUAAAAAAGAUAAACAAGACUUGAAAUUGCUUGUUUUUGGAGCUCUAAACAACUGUUAUCUGUGUUGACCCACUGACUAUCAUCAAAUGUUGCUGGAGUGGCAACUAACUUUUCAGGGCUUCCAGAAGCCAUCAGCAACAAAGGACUCCUCCCCAGAUCUGCUCAGAGGAGGGGACGGUCAGCCAGUCACACACUUUGUGGAUUGACUCAGUUCAUCCUGUGCAUUGUCAGCCGAUCACUCUGAAGUCCUGUUAGACUGCAAGAUUUUACGAGAUUUCCAGUUUUUAGAAUUUUAAUCCUUGGCUUUGUGCUGAUGCGUUACCUUGUCUUCCUGGGCCUGGUAAGAAAUUAGAAUUUGCUUUUAAUCUGAACACAUCACAAGAUGCCACACUACAUAAUCGCUACCUGCCCUUUUCACCUGUCACCGCCCCUCCCCAACCAACUCCUGCAGGAUCACUGUGUCAUUCUCUGCUUUAAUCAACCUUUGAAUCUUCUCCUAGGCUUUUACCUUCUCUGCUGGCUGGCUUUCUACUCUUAAGCCAUCAUUUGGAAAAUGCAAAAUGGGGAGAGUCUAUAGACAUGGUAUUGUCUUUCUGUAACCUGGAGAAUAACCGGCCUACAGAAAUACCCUAAAAAUUGGGAAAGGCAAUUGUGAGAAAAUCAACAAAAAUCAACCGUUCAGGGAUUUUCUAAUAAGUAGGAAGAGGAGAGGUUGCCCAAGACCUGAAAAAAUACCCAACAUGUAUCAGGGAGCCAAAGGUGUUGAUGUAUGGGUUGGUUAAAUGAAGAAAAUAAAUUUAUAUAAUGAAAUUAAAUGGGUACAUACAAGUCACUCAAAGACUUGGUAUUAAGGGUAAAAUUGCAGUUGCUUGUAAAAACACUGACAAGGUCUUUAAACUGGCCUCUUGUCCUCAAUGUGUAUUGAAGAAACUUUGAACAAUAUAAAGGAUGGGUUCAGCUGAACAAAGAGGGGUGGGUUUCACUGAAAGAGAGAGAAAGUGAAGGUUACCCACAACCCACUGAGAGAAAUCGCUGUCAGCACCAGCCUUCAAUGCUUGUCGUUUCUCUCUUCCUCCUCAUCAGAAUGGGCGAUCGUGGAGGAUUCAAUAAGUUUGGUGGUAAGUGACAAGUAAAACACUUGCGAAAAGGUUUGAUGUUUUUACUCUAGGCUUAGAUGAGGGGAGAUGAAUAUACAUAAACGCAUGACGCUGGUAAAUUCAUGGUGAUUUUGUGUGUGGUUUGUGAUCGAACUUAAGUAUUAGAUCCACAAACCGGCUUCCAAAAAGUUGGGCUGCUGUGAAAAAUGUUCACCAAAAACGGUUUGUGAACAUUAUUUUAAGUUUUUUUUUAUUAAAAAUAGUUCCAAGACAAGAUAUGAUAGGUUGAAGCAUUUUUCAGUGUUUUCAGAAAUACCCCAUAUGCUCAUAAAUAAUUGGAUGUCAGCAACAUUUUUAAAAAAGUUGAGCAAGGGACAACAAAUUACCAAAAAAGUUCUGUAAUUAAAAAAAAAAAAACACCCAGAAGAAUAUCUCCCAACCAGUGAGGUUAGUUUCGACAGGUUAGUGACAUGACAUAAUGAAGAAAAUCUUUCCAGAGAGGCUGAGUCUCUCACAAGUAAAGAUGGAAAGAUGGUUCACCACCCUGUGAGAGACUAUGUGAGCAGAUAGUUUAACAAUGCCAAGAUAAUGUUCUUCAGUGAAGAAUCUAGAAAGAAAUGUUUGUACAGAGAGAGUUCAAGACUGUGUGACCCUGAUCUAUGGGCCAUCAAGCAUUAAAAACAGACAUGACUGUAGUGGGAGUCACUGCAUGAGCCAAAAGGACAUCCACAACCCACUGUUUGUUGCUGCAUUCACAAAUGUAGGUUAUAACAGCACCAUGCAGAAAGGGAGCCAUAUAUGAAAAUGAUCCUGAAACGCUCACCACAUCUCUUUGGUCUGACAGGUCAAAUUUGGCGUUCUUUUUGGAAAUCAUGGACCUGGUGUCCUCUAGUCCUAACAAAAGAGGGGCCACCUAGCCCCAUAUCAGGGCUCGGUUCAAAAACAGCAUCUGUGAUGGUAUUGGGAUACAUUUGUGAUAUGUGGCAUGAGUGGCUUAAAAAUCUGGGACAAUUGAGACAAGAAUGAAAUGAGUGAUUCAACAAGAAAGACCCUGAACUGUCAGGAAGCAAAAAUUUUAUGACAUGUCAAAUGUAAGUUUUUACAUUUGAUGUGCAGUCUUUGCACGAUUAGAAUAGCGUGUGGGUUUAAUUGAUUUGCAAACAAUCAAAUACGUACUUUUUACACAGCGUCCCAACUUUUUGGGAAUUGGUUUUAUAGUUUUAUAGUAAAAAGUUCAAACCCGAAAUUCAGCCUUUAUAGCUACUCUGAUUUGUCUGAUUAUACACUGGAGUAAAAAAAACAGUGAGAGAGAUGAUCCCAACUUUUGGGGCGCACAACUUUAAAACCAUCCUAAAGGCUUAUUUCAUAUUUUUUUCUAUGAAACACAAGCUUACAGUUUGAAACUUUGGUAGAACAGCACAGCUCCAAAGGUAAGAACAUCCUAGGUGUGUGUUUGGAUCAUGCUACAUUGUAUGCUCCUCCACACAGGGAUUGAAAAUAUCCAGCAGGGGGAGUUAUAUUGUAGAUAAUAGCCUUACUAGUAGGAGUUUUCUUUUCCUUUUUUUUUUUUUUUUUUUUUUUGACAAUGCAAAUUGAUGGGUAUUAAAUUUAGAGGGUGUUUACAAGCCUUUGUCUGGUGUUCUGUGAGUUAUAUGAUCAUACUGUAGUGUGUCAAAAAAAUAAGUUAUGUAAGAAUUAAAAGGUAAAAAAAGAUGUUUCAUGUAUGGAAACAUGAUUCAGGUUGUAUACCAAACAAAUGGUAGAAACAAUAUUUGUUUCCCCAAGAUGUAAGAAUGGAAAAUCUUGCCUAUCAACAGCAUAAAUGUCAAAUGUCCAUAAAGUAGAAAGCUUCAAAACUGGUGUGCUUGCAUAGCUGUGAAAUGUUGUAGAGGCCAGACUUGAUAACACGCAACUUGAUCCCAUCUGAGUUGUUCUAAUAACGAGAGGAAAGUUUGUGGUUUCUCAACAAUGCGGUUGGGUAGAACAAUUAACCAGGGCAUGGUAAAGCUUAAGACAGCACAAAGUUGCUUCUAUUUUUUAAUCUGUUUUAUUUUUUCCACAACUAGACAUCCAAAAUAGUCCAACAGAUCUGUUUGAAUGUGUUUGAUUAGUAUAAGCAACUAAAGGCAGUAUAAUUUGUACUUUUGCUCUCGGUAUUCCCAAACAGAUGUUUUAAAAUGAUAUAAUGGUGGUUGUAACAAUGUGAAACAGAGGCCAGUGUCAAGACAGAGUCUGUGCAGAUUAAAACUUCACAAAGGUUUCUAAUUUUAGGGCUUAGGAGCUGGGAAAGUCUUGUGCAGCGGUUGUUUGGUUUGAUCUUUUAUGAUUACAUGAUCCUCCCAGUCAAUCAUCCUUUGUAUGAUUUAUGGACCAGCAAUCGCGGCACUAUUUAGUUGCUUUUGGACUGGGAUCCAAAGCAGGAUCCUCUGACUGCCAUGCCAAGGUAGCCUGGGAUAAUAACUUUGAAAUCACAUUACAUCAAUGAUAAAAGUAUUAAUAAUUGGGUUUGCCAUUCUUUUAUGUGGGAAAAUUAAAAUUUUGGCUGGACAUUUAAAAGAAUUUGUCCAGACUAUAGGGUAAAGGAGCUAUCAUACGAGAUCUAUUCAAAUCCUUGAAUGCAGAGGAGUUGAUAAGGAGAAUUGUUUUUGAAGACGUGGAAAUCUAAAAAAAAGAAAGUAAUAGAGAUUAUAAAAAGGCAUACCACAGUUGAGUAGUUAUUGCACAUUAAAUAUGUCUACCAAGAGUUGUUAAUUAUACACAGGUAACUUUCCUGACUGUGGUAAUGUGGUGAUACUAGAAUGUGGCUAUUGUGCCGAAAGCUGCUCUCUGAACAACAAUGAGUCAUCAACAAGUUGUGCCAAGAUAAAUACCGACUUGCCAGUUUUUGGAGUGACAGUCACAUUAAUUAUCAUGUUGGUGCAAAGCUCGUUUUAAAGAUGGAACUUAUUAUUAUUAUUAUUAUUAGUCAGCAGCUCCUGAGACUCCGGUUGAUCAAGCCUCAAAUUAAAUCUGUCUUAAUGAAAAGGUGUAACCAAAAACAACAAAGUGUUUUAAUAACCCUCUGUGACAACUCCAGAACCAGAGGUUGGUGUACACAAUAGGACGACUGAACUUGAUUUAUCACAUCGAAUAUCGUUUUCAAAUUCUGUUGAACUCUUGGGAUGUUGGAUUUGAUUUUCCUACUUCCAAAGUAUGUUGGGACAAUUUCACAUCUUCAGAUGUGUAAAACUUAAGUUGACAAAGGAGUGAAUGACCUGGAUUACAUGAGUCCAAGGUUUAUAUAAAAAGGAAUUGUUUUGAACUUGGUUCUGAGACUUGUGUUAAAGGAAGUGGUUCAUAGUGUACCAGAGGAUGCAUCAUCAAUGCUUUGACUUGUGAAGUAUUUGAAACAUCAUUCAUUAGAGCUCUAACUGUGUGGCUCCUCAUGAAUUCAACACGGUUGGGUUUACUUUGCGGAGCAAAAACAACAAACAAUGACAUGGGAAAGUGAGAGAAGUGUGGUGGUUUUUCUGGGGUUUCAAAUCAACCUGAAUGCAUUAUGGGACUUAAAAGGACUUGAGCUGAACAGCUUGAUGCCUGUCCCUGUGAAGUCCAUGCACAAGUGCUCUGAAUUUUGGUCAUCACACAGAGUUUGGGACAAAGUUUGAAGGCAGGGAUGUAAAAAAAAAAGGGCUUAUUUAUGAAGUCUUAACAGGCCACCAUGGAUUGUGGCUCUUAUGUGUAGAUAAAUACUAAAUUGAGUCUGAACACUGAUGCAGUAAUGGGGAGAAAAAGACAAUAUUUAGUGUUGUGCGGGGUGUUCGUUCAGGGAUUAUAACUUUUCCCUUUCAAGAAUUAAUCUCUGUGUUUUGCCCUUUAAAGGACCAAGAGACCCAGGACAUGGACAUGGAGGACCAGGCUAUAGUAAGUCCAUUAAGAUUUAAUUUUGCUCGGCCAACAAGAAGACAUGAAGCCAGUCUUACAGUUUUUAUCUUUAGCCACUUCUAGAAUAACACUUAUCCAAACAAUAUGAAUUUAUUGAUCUUUUAUCAUGUUUUUUAUGUUCAAAUGUUGAAGUCUGCUAGGAAAUAUCAAAUAGAAUUUAAUUGUUAGACAUUGUUGACCUCCUCCCAUUGACAGUAAUCGUAUAAACACAAUGGUUCUCUUGACCCCCUUUCUGGACGAUUACUGUGCAAAAGAGGGGGUUUUCUUGAAGCUUUCAUUUAACUUUUCAUUGAUUUCAUGAACCCAGUGAAGGGAUGAUACUUGUCCAAAGAGACACUUUACUUAAGUAGUACUCAUAAUUAGAAAUUCUCUGUUUGAAAGACAUGGUUUUCUUUACCUUCUCCAAUUGAUGAUACUGGACUCCGAGCUGGUUUUUAUUGAACAUUUUUGAUGGACAAUAUGGACAAUGGACAAUUCUUAAAAAAAGAUGAGUAUCUUGAACUUCUCACAGAGAUUACCCCUCCCUAGCAAAGGCUUUUCCAAACACUUUCAAUAGAAAACACUUGGUCACAUUAGAUGGUUUUCUUGACCUGAAAUAAUAAAAUAAUCCUAAAGUGUUUGCUUCCCUCUGAUCAAAGAUCAGUCAUAGCUAUGUUUGUGACAUAUUACCGGCAUUGAACUGUCAAGGCCGGUAGGUUUAGACAGCCGUGGAUCCAAUCAAAGUAUUAUACAGACACUGAGAAGUCCUCUUUCAUUUUGACCUCUUGAUGCUUCCUUCCCCCACCGAAAUGCGACUUAUUUUUGACCUGGGCCUUUUCAUAUCUCGACUUAAAACUUAUUUAUUUAUGCUGGCAUUUAAUACCCAGUAGCGUUGUGACACUUCAUUUUAUUGCAUUGUAUCUUUUUUUAUUGCUUUUAGUGUUUUUGUUCAUUUUUAUUUACUAUGUAUUGUAAAGCACUUUGGUUCACCAAAAAGGGUUGUUGUAAAGGGCUGUAUAAAAAAAAGGACACAUACAUUUACAUGUGUCUUUCAUUCUCUUUCUACAGUGCAAGACCAGGAUAACUCUGACAAUAACACCAUCUUUGUGCAAGGCCUGGGGGAUGACUACACUGUCGAGUCAGUCGCAGACUUCUUUAAACAGAUCGGGAUCAUAAAGGUAGCUUCUAAUCACCACUUAUUUUGAAGUGAUCAAUAUUAUCAAUGUGCUUUUAAAUCUUAAAUCUCUGCUGUCCAUCAUUUAGGUCAACAAGAAGACGGGCCUGCCAAUGAUCAACCUUUACACCGACAGAGAGACCGGGAAACUAAAGGGGGAGGCCACGGUUUCCUUUGACGACCCUCCCUCAGCCAAGGCUGCGAUCGACUGGUUUGAUGGUGAGUCUAUUGUUGCUCACACACAAGUCUAAUUACAACCCUCUUUAUUAAACAAGCAUACUAGGAAGAAAGGUAAUUAGAGGAUUUAAAAAGUUGGUGUACUGAAGAGUGUGAUGAAAGAGUGUGGGAGUUAAGGCGUAAGGUAUAGAGGCUUUUUAAUUGCUACGCUCUUUCUUUUAACCUAGAUGUUUUUACUCCACAGGCAAAGACUUCAACGGAAAUCCUAUCAAAGUGUCUUUUGCCACCCGCAGAGCUGACUUUGGAGGUCGAGGAGGCAUGAGGGGAGGUCGAGGACGAGGUGAGCCUCUCUUACAAGGAGCCUCGUCUCAGUCGAGAUAAAGAUCAAAAAUGUAUUUUUGACUUUGCAGAACAUUUUGUAUUCUUGAUAAUUGUCAGGUUGAGAAAGAAUGUUCACUGUGAGGCCGUCAUGACAGUAAAAUGAUCCUGAGUCAUGAAUCUGUUGUAUAAUCAAUUGCAGCGAGGAUAGAUUGAACCCUUCACGUUUUCUCAUUGUUCUACCGUCUGUCUAGGGCCAAUGGGCCGUGGUGGGUUUGGAGGGGGUCGAGGUGUAGGUUUCCCAGGAGGCAAUGGGGGUGGAGGUGGAGUCGGGGGAGGAGUUGGAGUCGGAGGAGGUGGAGCAGGAGGACAGCAGAGAGCUGGAGACUGGAAGUGUACGAACCCGUAAGUUUGGAUUUUCAAAAUGUAAAUAUUAAUGUUUGAAUAAAUCUGAAAUGAUAAAGAAAUUUAGUGUGUCUGCCCAACAUUUACUACGCAAGAAAAAAUCAUUUCAGUGAAAUCUUUUAUAUACAGUCAGUGCAGUUUUACUUAUGAAAUGUUUUAAUGGUAGGUUUUCGUCAGCUCUUUUAAUUGCUUUGGUAUGUUAGAACAUACAAUAUAUGUAGUGAUAAAAAUCAAUAUAGUGAGUUUAGAUCUUAAUAGAUCUGUAACUAUACGUUGUUACAGAUGAUUUUUUUGGUUAGUUGUGCAACUUUUAAGAAAACAGAAAUCAUAUCUUUCCCUGCAGGAACUGUGGGAAUCUGAACUUUUCGUGGCGUAACGAGUGUAACCAGUGCAAAGCCCCUAAACCAGAGGAUUCUUGUGGGAUGCCCCCAAUGGAAAGAGGUUUGAUUCUACUUUUUCUUUUUUUUUUUUUUUUUUGUUGACCAAUUUUUAAAUACUGCCUGUCAGUCAUUGUCAGUAUUGUACAGGCUGGUUGAACUGGCCCGGGCUUUCAGAGGUCAUGAUCAAACCACUUUGUACAGCAGGAAAUGGUCCUAAUAGAGCUGUUUAGUGAACUGUCUCUUUUUAAAAUGAUUGGAUAAGGAAUGAAUAACAGACUUCAAAUGAAUACUUAACAAACAGAGGUUGCAUUGUUAUCCGAGCUCAGCCUUAAUUUGAUGUUGGUAGUUGUAAAGUAUAGCUCUACCAACUUCCUGCAACCAAUUCACAGAUACCAGCUAUUUUAAGCAGACCAGCACUCCAUAAAGUUCAUGUACUUCAUAGUAUACCACUUUUUCUUAUGGCAGAUACAUCUCAGAGGUUAAAUGACAGGUUCAUGUUUGUACCAAAAGAACUAAUCCAAGUUUAGUAACACAGUCAGCAGCAGCUUCUCUCUCUCCUGCCCUUUUAAUCAGAUCUCCUUUGGCUGCAGCAACUCCUCUUCCUGUGGUCUGCAACAAACAAACAAAACAUACAAACAUACAUAAAAUUCAACAGAACAUCACAAACAAAAAAAUACACAACCAAUCAUAUCAUAGAGGACAACAGCAAGAAAUACAACAAAUAUUACACGCUGGAUGAAGGCUCCUACAUUGAAACUGGAUUUUUGGGCGGUGGGGGGGCAACUAACUCAAGACCUGUUUUACUUUUAAGACUUAAUUUUAUUUCCUUUUUAAUUUUAAUUAAUUUAAUAAUGUAAUUAAUUUAAUUCCCUCCAGUUCUUUAGUGAAAUGCGCACACACGCACACACACAGUGAUCACAGGAAAACCACUAUUAGAGUUUUGUUUGCAGUAAAAUCUAACCCAAUCAGAAUUAAUGAUCCAACUCAGAAGAAGAAUGUUAAAAAGUAGCUGCUGAGUCUACCUUGCCAACUUCCCCACCAUGGGAUGAAUAAAGGUAAAUCUAUCUUAUCUUGUCGUCAUGUGUCCAGCAUGUUUUUGUUUUCCCAGCAGAGCGGUUGCUUCCUUGUACGAGCGCCUUUCUCUGCAUAUUUCCAGGUCUUUUUUUUAUGUAACUUAAUAACCAGGAAGUCCUAUUGAUUCCCACCGGUGCUCACUGGAAGUGCAACUUCUACAGCAAAUAUUUCAAUAACAAUGUGCAUGUUUAUGUCAUAGCUUUGUUAAUAGCCACUCAUAACCAUACAUUAGAGGAGGAUUGAAUUACCAUGAGUCACCCCUGAGCAUUAUUCUGUUGAAGACAGCAGUCGUUUACAGCAGCUUACUGCAGGUUUGUUUGCAGUUUGUAAUCUCACCUCAGGGUCAGAGUAAUAAAAGCCUGCGCUUCCUCUCAGCUGUUUACAAAUUGUCAUCGAAUGACUUGUUCUGCUACAAGGAGGUUUCGGAGGAGAGCGGCGAGGGGGAUUCGAUCGGGGCGGAUUCAGGGGCCGAGGCGGUGAUCGCGGGGGCUUCAGAGGGGGCCGCGGAGGUGACCGGGGAGGAUACGGGCCUGGCAAGAUGGAUGCAAGGUGAGACACACAAAAAGGCGAUUUAGCAGCCUAUGUAACAGCUGAUUUUUUUAGUGGUAGUAGUUCAUUCAACACUUAUUAGCCCUGCUUCUUCUUAGCUUCUUUGGCCAAGUGUAAAAGGUUAAAAAUCAGGUUUAUCAUGAGCUCAGAAAGAUGAUAAAGGUUCUUUUGUUUGCUGAGUUAUUGGAGCACAGAGUGAAAACACUGGGACUAAUACUAAAGGGCCAGUUUGUAGAUUUGCAAACAUGGAGAAAAGAACUUUCCAUAUGAAGCCUCUCUGAGAAGUCCCACGUUUGCCCUGUUCAUCAGCAUUUCAUUUGCAUAAAACCUACACUGUUAAAACAUCUGCUCACCUUGAAGUCACUGCUCAUUGGUCAGAUGCUGGUGAUGUCAUCUACGUGUUGUUUUUUCUUUCUUAGGGGUGACCGCAGACAGGAGCGGAGAGGCCGUCCUUACUAAACAGUCCUCUGAGGACAAACAGUCCAUCCUCAGAACAAAGACCAGUGUGUGUUCACCCCGUCCAUCCACACUUGAACCAGCCUGAACUCUUCACACCUCCUCCUUAUCAACUCCGUCAUUCAGCGUGUUGAAAAAUGUGACUUCCCCUGUUCUCUGUUGUUUCCAGUCCGUCAGUUCUUUCUAGUCCAACUCCACUCCCUCUUCUGCUUGACGAGGCCUCAAUCACAGCGAGCAUCAAAUUACACUUAAAGAAAAAGAGGAUUUUCUUUCGACAUUUCUGAGCUUCUGUCAGAAUGCUUGUGAUUUUUUUCCCUCCUCAUUACCGACACCUGCUCAGAAACUUAAUACACACAGACAGAAAUGUUUUAAACAAGCUAAACCAGUUACUGAGCAGGACUUUUUGUUUCUUUUCCUCCAGUUUCAAAUGAAAAAGCCAAUAGAUGUAUUUCUUUAGAAUGUACAUUCAUUAGAGGUUUUCAUUGACAGAAACUCAACACUCCUCCUUUUGUCUCCUUGUUUUUAUUGGAAGUAUGUGAUCCAAGACGUACACCUGCACAGGUCACACCUCUUUAAUGAGAUUUAUUUAUGUCGCUGUUUGUAUUUCCCUUCAACAAACACGCUCCAUUCACUCAACAGGUUUGACAUGUUGAUGAAAAAAGUCGUUAUUUAACGAGGGUGCUGCUCAUAUAAGGUGACACAAUUGAGAAAACUGCACAUUGAUGGUUUCAGCCUAUUAAAAAGACAGCAAGAGCAAAAACGAUUUAUUUUUGUUUUCUCUGAUAAUUAGUUUGUUGCAAAGUCUGAUAUUUCGCUAUUAAAAUAUAAUCAAAUCAUUUUUUUAAAAAAAGGGGAAAAAAAUGUGUUUUUUCUCAUCAAACUGCCUGUCGAUGUCAGCUCUGCAUCGCACAGUGACGAUUAAGCUGCACUACAAUUUAGUUGGCAUCAACUUUUGUAACCUGGGGAUUUUUAAACCUGUUAGAUGGCUGCUGUUCUGUUACCGUCAGACUCCUUUUGAAAGUGUUUAACUGCUACAGCUGCUGUGGGAGGUGAUGACUGUACUGGUGAGAAAAAAGCAAGGCCGGGAUCAUGGGAGAAAUUAGUUUAAUGUUAUUUUAAUGUAACCAGUCAUGGCUUAAAAAAACAUGAACCCAUGGUUGCAAUAGUUGCAGAUUUACUAGCUUUUCCUCAAUGCAAAAUUAGCUCCUGAUGUAAGAUUUUGUUUACAAGUUUACAAGAUUUGUGUUUUUUGAGAACAUGAACAAGGUAGAGAUUACUGGCACAUAAUAUUUAUACAGAUACAGACUUUUCACAUUUACAGUUUUUGAACAGGAUUCCAACUCAGAACUGAGCUGAUGUUCUUGUUUGUGCAGUUUCUUGUUGUACAGGCAGCAUUACAAAAAAAACAUUGUGCUAUUUAAUUCCUCUUACGGGAACCACACCGAUCAGAUCUCAUACCGACUUCAUACCUGUCAUGUCAUUAACAGAUCUCAUGUGAGAUGCCAACAUGUUCAAAUGUAGAUUCACGUCCUGCCCUUGUGCUAAAAUUAUCAAAGCUAAAUGAUCCAAAUCAGAGCCCAAUCUUACAACCAAAGUUGAUGACAGUGCUCUUUUUGUAACUGAGGCCUCGUCAGCAGAAGUUUUAAGGGGGUUUAUUGAUAAAAUGUGUUGUAUUGCUUUUAUUUAUGAGGUUGUUUUGUUUGUAUUGUACUUGAAAUGGAUUUAAAGAUGGAAAUGUUGAUAAAACCAAGCAGUGUUGUAGUUGUUGCCAUUGACGUAUUUCUUACAGCUUUCAGACAUUUGGUUUCAGAGUUGCGGAAACAAAAACCUGCAGAUAACCAGCCAUGAAUCAUUUGUUCCUUAGUUUCACUUAUUAAAUCAACUUCUUUUGUAUCUCCAUUCAGCUUAUGUCAACCUCAGUGCAGUAAAGCAAGCUUAUGAAUUGAGUUGCAGUCCUUGAAUGAAUUAGUCUUGUAUGUUUUAAACUUUAUAUAAUUAGCCUAAAGAAUGACCCCAUUUGUAGCACUUGUGGAGUUUCCUGUUGGCGUGCUGCUGGCCUAAGGCAUAUACCUUUUGAUAAACUGUUCACUUUGACAUCUCCAGUUUGAACUUUGCGAACAUUCAAGAGAGAUGACUCAUCUGAGUCUAUGACAAUUGAUUCAUUCAGCCUGCAGAAUUUGGAGGGGAGUUUUUGCAGCUGUAGCCACAUGUCACCAUGGCAAAAUUUCACAAUUUAGUUAGCACUGCGUAUCAUUAACUCUUCACAAACACCAACUGUCUGUAACCUAUAAUUACAAUUUAGCCACUACCUUUUCAUUUGAAAGCAGUGGUGUCAUUAUGCUCAUUAAGCUCAUUAUGCUCAUUAGGCUCAGCUUGGUUGCUAGUUUCAACAUCUAACUUAGAUGGCCUCUGUAUUACAUAAAGUAGACAUAUAAAGGAUCACAUUAACCCUAGAACACUAUUGCUAAAAUUUGUAACAUCAUCACUAUUACCGGGUGAUUUUUAACCAAAAUAUUAUACCCAAGAAAAAGUACUUGUCAUCAAUAUAUAUAUAUAUAUUUAAGUUGCAAACUUUGUUUCUUUUCCACCCAUUCCUGGGGCAUGUGAGUCUUUGUGAGUCUUCCCUGGUGAAGACUCAGGGUCCUUGGCAAAAUAACGGCUGCAGGAGAGAGAACCAAAAUAUGGCAGAUUUUUUAUGAGUAAAAAUGACCAGCUGACUAAAUAUUUCUUAUCAUCAUCUGAAUUCCCUAUAAAAUCACUACUUUGUGAUAGUUAUUCAUAACUACUGUACUAAAUAAAGAUAGCAUACAAAUUCCAGGACAACUCUUACUGACCUUAUUCGCCUUCAUGCAGCUAUCAAAUCCACCCAAACCUUACUUACCUUACUUAUCACUAUCGCCGGGUUAAAACCACCCGAACACGUGCCUGUAGGAAAAAGUAGGUUUUGGAUCAGAGAAACAAAUAAACAAACAAACAAAUAUGCCUUCAAAGAUGUCAAAGGCAAUGCUGAAGCUACCCAGGGACCCAUGAUACUCGGCCAAACGCAACAUAAUGAAAAUCACAUAAACAUGUUUGUUCGGGUGAAAAUCACCCGGCAAUAGUGUUCUAGGGUUAAAAUCACAUUUAAAGCUCCUGUGAGGAGUUUUUAACAUUUAUGAAAUAGACAAAAAUUCAUAUCAGUGGUUGCUUAUUACAUACAAAAACAAAUAAGACCAUCAGCGACAAGACUGGUGAUUCCUACAUUCUUAUUCCUGAUGCCUCAAACCAGCGGUAUGGGCUAGGUAUUUACACUCAAUCGGACAUUUGACUUUCAAAAGUAAGUAGAAUUAAACUUGAAUUGAAAUCAAAAGUUUAAAAAACAGGAGCUUUAAUGGGUCAGCCUCUACAUCAUCUGUCACGUGAAUUCAUUUAAUCCCAGGUUAAUACUUUCGCACUUGUUUGACCCACAAAAAUGACCUACUUUAUAACAAAUGAGUUUCAUAUAGCUGUUGUGAGGAUUUUUGUUGCAUGUUAUUUAUUCAAAUGUCACAAUUUUCCUCAAAAUUUACUGCAAAUACCCCCACACUCAUACAGCUUGAUCUUAUUGAUCCAACCUGCGUGAGUGUGGGGGCAAAAACAGAAACUUCACAGUAUUUUUCAUGACGAUCCAUGACUGUUGCAUGCAAACGGCAAACAUUAAUCAAGGACGACCGGCUGUCACAUCACUACAUAUAAAACCAGUCUCAUUCCUGAGGAGCCAGUUUGAAAGCAGAUAUUCACUUGCUUAUAAGCACCUCCAGCGUUUGUCGGCAAGAGUGAGAAAUAGACAGCUCAGCGCUUUUAUUGUGAGCAAAGGCUGCUACGCUGCACUGGCAGGAAAAACUAAUAUAAGCAGAAGAGCUUUAACUACAGGUCAUUAAGAAAAUAAAUAAAAUAACAGAGCAGGUGAGUGCUUUGUGAUCCUGGAUCCUUUGUUUUUUUAUGUGGGGUGUACAAGCUUUGCAAAUGUUCUUAUAGCUUUUAAAUUCUCUAUUGUUAUGAAUAAGAAGUUAUCCCAGGUAAUAUGAUCUAUGGCUACAAAACUUUUACAAUUUUUUAUCCAAAUUCUGUAACUUUCCUGUUAAGUUGGCCUGUUCCUCUGCUUGUUCAGUCCCUAAUUCAAAAUUGUAACUACAUUUAGAUGGCUAUAUUUCCUGUCUGUGAUGAUCAUCUGGCUCUUCCAUCCCAUAUAGCGGAAGCAAACAAUUAAAGUCUUAACAUGAAACUGCACACAUUCAUGUCCUCCCUAGGAUGAGCUGCAACAGCUUCAGCAAAAGAAAUGAUUUAGAUGGUAUAAAACAUGGAACAGUGCCCUCUUACUGCCCUUUCAGCAUGACAGUUGUGAGAAAAUAUCCUCUGGAUGCUCAUUCGGUGUUAAAAAAUGUGAUAAAAAAGCUGACUUCAUACCCUUUUAGUGCAUAAAUGUGGAAAAAGUGUCAUCUGGUUACAAUUAGUCUUCAAAUUGUAGAAAAAGUGUAGUCCUGCUGCCCUUCCACUGUAUAUAAAGUGUAAAAAAAGGGGCCCUCCAGCUGUUUCUCUGUUGUGUAAAAAACAACUUAAGCUGACCUUUCAGUACACAAAAUCUAGAAAAAAUGUCCUCUUAAUACCUUCGAGGUGAAUAAAACAUGGAAAAAGUGCUCCUGGCUGCCUGUCUGGUACAUUUGAUGUAAAAACCUCCCUCUAGUUGCUCUUUGAGUGUAUAAAAUGUGAGAAAAAUGUCCUCUGGAUACCCUCCCAGUGUCUGAAACAUAGAAAAAAUUCCAUCUCACGUUAUAAAAUGUGGAAAAAGUUGCCCUUUUGAUACUUGAUACUUUUGAAACGAAUAUCCUCUGGAUGACCUGUUAGCAUACAAGGUGUGGAAAAUUUGAAAAAAUAAAAGUCCUGAAUGCAAGCUUUAUUCAGGAAGUCUUUUUUGAUAAUCAGACUGUUUUUUAGCAAAAUUUCCUUCACAAAGUUGUUCAUAAAUAUUCACCAGAAUGCUGGGAAUUCAGUGUCCGAUACUCAAAACUCCCUGGGGCAGAACUCUCAGACCCCUUUUCUAUAUUUGUGCCCUUGUAUGUUUAAAUGGAAACUUUGCUGAUGGUUUGAGAGGUUUGAAAGUCCAUUCCAGUUCAGUAAUUUUCAGAGUACCUCCUGUCCAGUGUCACCAAAAUAAAUCUUCACUGACCCCUUUAUUCUUGACAGGCCAAUUCAGCUUUACCAAAAUGGUAAAUGAGCCAAAACACAGCCAUCAACCAUACCUGUGUGAAAGCAUUCUUGUCUUUUUGAAGGAUUUGAUCAUGUUGAUACACCUGUCUGAAACUUUUGCAGUGUUAUCUCAUAUCUUUGAAAUGCCCUCUGGUCCACAUCUCUGGUUUAUCCAGCUUUCUCAAAGUCAUUUUCAAGAGUCAAAGCACACUGUAGCACAUAUACCUGUACAUAAAAGCUGGAGCAGACUUCCUUGACGAUUAUGAACAAUGUUUGUAGCCCUUGACUUGCGAAUCCAGUUUGCCUUUACGUGAGAAAAUGUCAAGUGUUCCUGGAAAAACCUCCUUCCUGUAAAUACCCUGAUCCAUCACGCACAGCGUAAACAGUAAAAGUAUCAGAGAGAGAAGAGCAAACAACAAGUCAGCCAGAUAACACAUAUGAACAAGGCCUUUAUGGAGGUAUUAUGUUUUAUAUGAUAUUUUCGUGCCAUUUGUUUGUGUAUUUAUGACUGUUUUUACAAUAAUCCUCAAAACUUUGUCAUAAAAGUUGAAAUAGAUCUGUUUACAGAAAUCAGAUCAGCUAGUUUAAAGAAAUUGUGAAAUGUUCAGAUGCAGAUUUGAUCCAUUGCUUAAGUCAACUUCUUUUUUUUUUUUACUAUUUUACAUAACUAAUAAGUUCAGUCUUGCUGCUUCUAACAAUGUGCUGCUGAUGUGCCGAAAUAUGGAGUUCAAUUUAACAAAACUCUCCACAUUCCUUAGUUUGGUACAGAUGGCUGUUAACCGUCGACCAAAACUGCGACUUUAUCAUGACUUAACGUUUACAACUCAAUGACUAUACUUGUGUCAUUGUGAGUUUACAGCAAAGAUUAAUAACUAUUUACUAUUAGUAAUUAGUAACAAUAUGCCUUAUCUCCUAACAUUAGCACUGGAUUUUCUUACAUCUUGUUAUAAAGUAAUGACGAGAAUUUUUUUAAAUCAUUUUUAAAAAUCUUAAAGAGGCGCUAACACACAACAAAUCAAUAUUACACCAAAUAUUGAUUCACUAAUAUCACACUGGUUAUGACUGAUUUACAUAGUCAGUUUGUUUGAGAUGUGUCCACAGUAAAGGCUAACUCCAUAGCAUCCUUAAAAUAAGCUAACCUAGCUGUUAGCACUUUAAUUUAACUGGACAUUUUUUAAAUUUAAACUAACUACUGCUUUGACGUGUUUCACUGACAACUAAUGGCUGAUAAGGUUUUCUUUGUAACAGCAAAAUCCAAACCCUGUCUCACUUUUUAACCAUUUCUUUUGACGAUUUUUGGUUAGCUUUAGUUAACUUUUUACCUCUAAUGCCCCAAACUUAUUGCCAAUCC